UAGUGCUUGUCUCGUGAAAAAUUGUGGGUCACGCGCGGGGUCUCCGACAACGAUUCACGAGGACGACGAUUCAUCGAUCGCGCUAUAGAAGAACCAUAAAGAACGAUCAAGCUUCAUUAUUGGUGAUCGAGAAUACUCCAUCAGAUGAUCAUCAUUAAGGAAAAUUGGAGGUGAACCACUGAUCUCGACAAAGGAAAUAGGUUCACGAUGUUUCAUUAAAGUAGAGUUGGCUCUUCUAGAUGAAGACAGACGGGCUGGUAUUUCAAACCGCUCGUAAAAUGGUGGACGUCACUAUCACUCGCUAUGAAUAGACUUAAUCGACGUCGUGAAGUGAAAUAAACGAUCAGAGUGAAAAAAUACUCCGAAGACCGCGGAGUGAUACCGCGAGUGCCGCAGGUACUGGUGAACUGAUAAUCGGAAUCGCGUGAUGGGAAGCUACACCGUCCAUCAGAGAUCGAAGAGAUUAACGGAAAAAUCUCAUGCAUAUCACGGUCUUCACGGUGGCUGGUGCUCUGUGAGUGAAACUACUCGGAAGCAUAUUUCGUGAUGACGUUACGUACAGUGUGCACCGGCUUUAAGUGACAGACUUCGAUCAGACAUCACUAACAUCCGAAGACACUGAUGCUCCACGAAGACAUGUUAGUGCGAUAAGAUAAGCUCGACGAAUAGUCGACUUGUUUGUCCGGAUUAUUAAAACUUCGCAGCGAAUGUUCGCAGAGUCGACAUCAUCGUCUGCGAUUACGAUCUAAAGAAAGUCGCGCUGGGCAGGAAGAAUACUGGCAAAGGAUCGCUUCGAAGACUUCAUUCGCGCGAGUCAAAUGCUAUUCAUCAGUCCCAAGUAGGCAAUCAAGAAGCGAACUGCGCGAUUGAGACGAGCGUGCACUAACAAGUAAGAUUCCUCGGAGGCAACGGCAAUUUCAGACCACCAGCGAGAUAUCGAACAUCGAAUCUGCAUCGUCUCUUGCAAGAGGCAAGAUCGGAAUCGCCAGUAGACGAGGACACGAUAUCAGCCCGGUUGCGACCGACUUCCUCCCCGCUGAGGACACGAAGGUAGAUAGAGUGGAGAUAAAGAGCAACUUCAAGCACGAUAAGCCUACUAGAGAUGCUGAGGUGCAAGACACCUUCUCGAGAAGGGAUGUAUUACUGAUUGCAGCGAGAUCGGCAUCUUCUUGCUGGCAGAACAAUUGACAGUCGCGCGACGUUCGCCAGAAGUACUCGGUAGCAUCUUGUCGGAUCUGCAGGUACUCCGCCGGCGACAUGUAUCCGCUAGAUCAGCCCGCGAUCGAACUCGAUCAUCUACCUCUGCACAUUCCGGAGAUCCUUCACUCCACGAUACCAAAAUGCGGUGGAUGCCAGGAAGUCAUCCUGGACAAAUAUGUCCUGAAGGUCCUGGAGAGAUGUUGGCACGCAAGAUGCCUCACGUGUCGGGAUUGCGGCUCGAGGUUGACCGACAAGUGUUUCGCGCGAAACGGCCAUGUGUUCUGCAAAGAUGAUUUCUUCAAGUAUGGCAGGCGUUUCGGGACGAAAUGCGCGGGCUGCGGCCAAGGGUUGGCACCUUCGCAGGUGGUACGUAGGGCGCAGGAGCUGGUCUAUCACCUGACGUGUUUCUCGUGCGCCCUUUGCUCUCGGCAACUGGACACUGGCGACGAGUUUUAUCUCAUGGAAGAUAGGAAGCUUGUCUGCAAGCCCGAUUACGAGCAGGCGAAGGCGAAAGAAUUAGCAGAUGGUGGCAGCAUAGACGGUGAUCAACCUAAUAAGAGGCCGCGGACGACGAUCACGGCGAAGCAGCUCGAAACCCUCAAGUUGGCGUACAACACCAGUCCAAAACCGGCAAGGCACGUGCGGGAACAGCUGUCUCAGGACACAGGCCUCGACAUGCGCGUCGUUCAAGUCUGGUUUCAGAAUAGGAGAGCAAAGGAGAAGAGGCUGAAGAAAGAUGCCGGUAGGACAAGGUGGUCUCAAUAUUUCCGCAGUAUGAAGGGCUCCGGCGGUGGCGGUCACUCGCCUAGACACGAUAAGCUUCUCGACAAAGACGAGCUGAAGGUAGACUUGGACUCCACCUUUGGUCAUCACGACUUGAGCAACGACAGCUACACAACAGUCAACAUGGGUGUUGAUGGCGAGGGCGCGAGUCCAGGCGGCGGUGGCAAUGGAAUCGGGGGUGGACCACCCCGUGGAUACCUGGGGGCGACAACACCUCCGUACCUCUCUACGUCCAGAUCGCCGUCCUUACCACCCCAGUUUCCGUAUCCGCCGGACGCUGGCCUCUCGGUGUACACUACUCUCGGGGGAUCAGGCGGCAUGGUGCCAGGACCAGCGUCGGAUCUGAGCAACGAGUCGAGCGGUGGCGGCGGUGGCGGCGGUGGCGGCGGUGGCGGCGGUAACGGCGGUGGCGGCGGUUACCCCGAUUUUCCACCGUCGCCGGACUCCUGGCUCGGCGAGCCACCACCCCCGCACGCUCACCAUCACUCUCACUCCCAUUCCCAUUAUGCCACAUAACCCGCCAAAAUCGCGCGUCGCCAAAUACCGUAUAGAAUAACGUGCUGCCGGCGCGGGAUGUUCACCUGACGCCGUCCUCGUCGUCGUCAUCGUCACCGGAAGAGAACUCGAAGAGCUCGCCCCUGCCCGUUGACGUUCCGUCUAACGCAAUAACAGAUCCCGCAAAUUUCGGGAACGUAAAUCUGCUAAAACCUGCUCGAACGAAUUGGCUGAGAUUCUGUGUGAAUUUAUCUUGAUCUACAAUUCUACUUGCGUGUAAAAGAUUUAUUGGGUCGACCGGAAAAUUCCGAUUGUUUUAGCAAAAUUCGCAAAACACUUUGCAUUAAUCCUAAAUACUACUAAAUGCUUUGUGUUGGAAUUUUGUUAAAAAAUCCGCACGGACUUUUCGCUCAAUUCAAUAUAUAAAAAAGAGCAAAGAUAAAACUCCACUUUGCAGAAGAAUGAACAAUGAGCUAAAUUUUUUUAUACAUGAAUGUAUAAAAAAAUAUCAUAUUUGAGAUACAUGAUUCCUGGAUAUUUGUAACAUUGUUUCAAAUUAUUGUAAAAAAGACAAAGAUCGUUAUACUUUCGCUCUUGAAUCUUUUAUGCUACGCAAAAUCGGAGCAAGUCUAAAUUAACAGCGCAGAACUGUCCAUUAAAAUUCCGGAAAUUGUAACACAACGUCGCGUGAAACGACCACUCAUGAUGAGGGGCGAGGUCUCCCCCGACGAUGGGGCGCGAUGCGUACGUUCUACACGGCGGCUCGAUAGUCCACGGGUUAUUCUACACCGGUAUUUUACACCGUCCCUCUUCUCGAUCUCUCGUCAUCCGAGCGGCCGUAUCGACGCCGUGUAACGUUACACUUAUGGCACACGUACGAAUCGCAUUCGAGAUACUACGACUAAUCUAAAUAUAUUUAUGUACAAGUUCCUCGUUUCUCGGUAUUACGGAGUUUGAUUGUCGAGUAAUAAUAGGAGGUAGUGUUAAACGUGCCCCGGACUGUUCGAUACGCCGAUCGAUUCGUCGUGAUGCCGAGCGAAGAAAACGCAACGGCUGCGGCAACAGCACAAUCCACAUGAAUCCGUUGCUUAAAUCUGGUACUUGCUCUCCGCUGAAUUGAACCAGUCACCAGUUUGAUCUGCGACAAAUUCGAAAGAACUAGUAAAAUAAUAAUUAAAUAAUAAUUAGAUGAUAAAUAAGGAAAAGAACGAAGAGUUUUAAUAAAACAUGAGCGGUUUCAGUUUUAGACUAUUAAAACACGACGCAGUUACUGAUCUUUGGUCGAUUCAGCCGAGCAAGUUCGCACCUUCACGACGAAUGUGAUCAUACGUAUGACCAUACGACGGCCUAGACCUGAUUCCCAUGGUGUGAAUUUUUGAGAACACCGAAAGGCGACUGAAAUUAUUCUGCAACAAUCGCAUAAGUGGUAUUAAGAUUACAUACGUUCGAAAAAAUUGUGUGAUUAAAUAUCUUUUUGAUGAAAGACGCUUAAUUUGUUCGUCUUUUUUUCUAUCUUUAUGGCUUUUGAGUAUACGAGCAAGUUUUCGAAAUGUGUACAAUCUAAAUUCCAAAAAAGAGAAUAUAUAUUGUCUUGAUUUAAUUUCCAUUUCGGUGGUCUUCAAAAAUUCCGACUUUGAGAAAUCGGGUGCCAAGGCGUGCGUGUUGUGCGAUCUACCUUGCUUGCGUGUGACGCUAGAAUCUUGAGAUGUGCAUUGUAAAUAGUACGAAUUAGACCCAUAGGGAAGGUUGAUGCAGAAAGUCCAGAACGAUUUUACUUAUUACUCUUCCUUACGUAAUUAAUCUGAAAGAGGAGAAGAAUCAAAAUCAUUUUAUAUCCCAGUGAUGACCGCGUACACGCGUGAAACACACAAAAUUUGCUUUUCGAAUUCGGUGAUACCAUAUUUUGCAGAGGCAUCAUGCGAAAUGGAGUGAUCAAGAUUGGAAAUUGUUUUUAUCUUGCUGUAGAUGAAAUUGUGUAAAAAGAUCGACGUGCGAGAGUCGCAACAUUUACGAUGAACGAUUUAUUAUUUAAGUGUAAGUGAUACCGACGCGUUUGCAAACGCUUCUUCAGACUCACUUUGUUCAUGCUAUUCAUUCAAUAGAUGAUUAGAAAGCUACGACGAAUUUAUUCAGAAACAUUUCUCAGCGGACUAGCUCUAUUUCUGUCACUUGUGUCUAAUUAUAAAUUCCCUGAUAAUAUCCGAAUGGAUAAUAUCCGAUUGGAAGUUUCCGACAUCUCGUGAACAAGCAAAACUUUGAUUUUCAUCGAAAUAUUACGUUGAUAGCUAAAACUAGAACUGCAUUUUCAGUGAAUAUCGAUAUUGCAAAAGAUUUAAUACGCAAAGCCGAGAUUGCCUGAAACUUUCGUAGAGCUGACGAAGUAUGUGUUAUGUCUGUACAUAUAUGUAUCAUUUUAAAUUCUGAAAUCUUCUUAAAACAGUUAGAAACAUAAAAGUUUAAAAGUCAACUAUGCAUUGUUUGGCAUUAUUAUUAUAAAAAUAAAUUAUUUCAAGUUUCAUGUCGCUGCAUAUAAUUACAUGCAAUUGUAUAUUUUAUACACGUUUUCAUUACAACAAAAAUGUUCAUUUUGAUUUCAAGAAUAUAAUAUUCAAUCCAAAGAAUCGCGAAAGGCAAGAGAGGUGCACAAAAUGUUCAUAACAACAUUUUUAUUAAAUUUACAAUUAACACAUUAAUACAAUAAAUAGUCUUACUACAUAGAUCGCUCAGCUAAAAGAAUGAAAAACAAAUAUACGCCUUUUUCUUACAAAAUUUAGCAAUUUUAAUUUUCUAAGCGUAAUAAGAAAGCUUCUUAAGUUUUGUAUUGUGUCGGUCGUUCAGCUGUACCUAUGAAAUGUGCGAGAAUCUAUGGAUUAUCACUCGGGAAACAUGAUGGCCGAGGAGGUUACUGUCCACGUGCUCGAUUCCUCCAGUCGUGCUCUCCUGUUACUCGGGGUUUGCUAGGUAACAGGCGAGCAGGACUGAAGUUGGUGGCACAAGCUGUCGAUAUCCCGACACAGUUGAUAAAACAGUAGUACUGCCAACUCGAAUCGUGCGUUUGUAUCACUAUAGGUCCCCAAGUAUCAGACGAGCACGAGUGCAGGAAGUGAACGCUCGGGAAGAAACCCCCUUGCUCGGCAUGUUAUCCGGAUAAUAAUCCGUAAAUUCUCGGGAAUUUUCGACGGCCGGUUGUAUCACUAGAGGUCCCGAAGUAACAGGAGAGCACGGGUGAAGCGAGUGAACGCUAAGAAAGUAACUUCCUGGCUCGGCACGUCAUCCGGAUAAUAAUCCGUAAAUUCUCGGGAAUUUCGACGGCUCGGUGCUUGCCCGCACAGUACAAACUCAAACCUUUCCAUUCCGCUUGAGUGUACGAUGUACUGAUGACGAAAAUAAAUGUAGCAACGAAUAUUUUAUGCACUUUCAUUGCAUUUUAUGAUUCUGUAAAUUAAACACUGUAUUUGUAAAAUCAAAAUCGCUGAAUUUUGUAACGAGAACGCGCACAUUUUCGUCAUUUCAAGUGUCGGCAUUGCGGACGAUAUUUUCCAUUCUAUUAAUAAAUUAACUAUAAAUACAAACAUAAUUAUUAAUAUUGUGCACUUUUAUUGCGCUUCAUGAUUUUCUAGAUUAAAUGCUAUAUUAUUAAAAUUCAAAUUGUUACAUUUUGUGCAUAGAACAUGUAUAUUUGCAUCGUUUAACGAAGCCUCCCAGGUAGCACUCUCAUAUUCCAGCUAACUGCAUUAAUAAUAAAAUUUAAUAAUAAAUAUAUGUAACAAUAAAUAUUUGUGCACUUUUAUUACGUUUUAUGAUUUAUUUAGAUCAAACGCUGUAUUUUUAAAUUCAGAAUUGUCAGAUUUUAUAAUAAGGACGUGCAUAAAAUGUUCAAUCUAUUUAUACUUACGUGCAAAAUCUUGAGAGUAAAGAUGCACUUAUUCUUUCUAACAUUAUAAAAUUGUCGCUAUUUAAUUCCCUUAUUUUUAACUUUUACAAGAAGAUAUAAGUUUAAAAUAAUACGUAAAUGUAACAUUAAUAAAUAUUCCGAGAAUCGAUUUCCGAAAUACGAAGUACUAAUAAAUAAUAAUCGUGACAUCGUACUAGCUGCAGAUUGUCUGUGGUCAAAACUACUAUUUUACAUUACACAUAAAAAAUUAUUCUAUUUUCUAGAUUUCUUAUCUAUUAAUACCUUGUCACAAACCGUAUCGUUAAUGCGUCUGAGAAGCGAAUGCGAGGCCGUCACGAUCAGCAAAAUUAUACUAAUUUUAAACUUAUGUAUUUCGCGUUGCUACUCUGGCGCGGCGAUCCUUGCGAAGGAUUAUUGUAAUUCCGAGCUGCAUCUCGCUGCUGGCGACCGCAAAACUGCAUGCUUUGCGUACAACGCAAACGGCAGCGACGCAGCAGAAACGCAAGAACGUCACUGUAGAAUUGUAUAUAAUCUACAUCGAUAUAUAUACACGUAUAUAUAUCGCUCCCACAGUCCUUAUCCUUAUCCAUGCUCCCCAUCCAUGUUCCUUCCUUUUCCCGUACCAAAAAACGUACGUUCCAGCAAGGGGUGCGACGAUCGGCAAGGGAAGAACCGGAAACGGCAAGAAAGGUAUAUUAGACUCGUAAGAGAGAUUAAUGUUGUACAGUUAUAAGAAUCGUAUUUCUCUCUCCGCUCCUCGCCGGGCGCGCGGCCGCACGGGGAAUGAACACGUCCGCGCGGCGUCUCGGCGCAGCUCGUAAUCUUCACAUCGCUAUGUGAGUUAUUACGGAUCUUUAUAUUAUUAUCUAGUCAUGGAGUGAUAAUAAAAAUUCUAUCGUAAUCUU